CGUCACUACGGAGCGCCCGCUCCACUGGAGUGUUCUGGAAGUGAUGUUCUCUAGUCUCCUCUAAGGACGCAGUGCCCUGCACAGCUGUCAUUGUCACCCAGUCCAGCAAGAGGACAACAUGCCGCGCGGCAGCCGCAGCACCUCCGGCCGAGCAGCUUCUAGCCCUGCUCCCUCUCAUGCUCCCGCCCCUGUCCACCCACCACCUUCUGCUGUGUCUACAGCCCCUGCUGCAUCUCAGGGCCCUGGCCUUAUGGCCCAGAUGGCAACUACAGCAGCAGGGGUGGCUGUAGGAUCGGCAGUGGGGCAUGUGAUAGGAGGAGCCCUCACUGGUGCAUUUAGUGGAGGCAGCUCAGAGCCAGCUAAACCAGUAGCACAGGAACCACAAAGGCCCCCAGCCUCUCCUCAGCCACCUCAAUCACAGUAUGGUCCCUGUCACUAUGAAAUGAGGCAGUUCCUGGAUUGUGCUACCACGCAAAAUGAUCUGACCCUGUGUGAGGGGUUUAGUGAGGCACUGAAACAGUGCAAAUACAACUAUGGGGUCUCAUCACUCUUGUGACAUUGGCCAGUCCAGCAGUCGGAUUAUCAGAUUAUCUACAAUGCACUACAGCUUUGUGUCCGAAACCUACAGCACCACACAACGCGACAUAGCUUUGUCUGCCUGUAAUCCUUAAUUUACCAUAAAACAGAACUUUUAAUAAAUCUAGAUACUUGCUAUUUUAAGUAUU